ACACACACACACACACAUACAGUUAGGGAAAAAUGUAUUUGAUCCCCUGCUGAUUUUGUAUGUUUGCCCACUGACAAAGAAAUGAUCAGUCUAUAAUUUUAAUGGUAGGUUUAUUUGAACAGUGAGGAACAGAAUAACAAAAAAAAUCCAGAUAAAAAAUUAUAAAUUGAUUUGCAUUUUAAUGAGGGAAAUACGUAUUUGACCCCUCUGCAAAACAUGACUUAGUACUUGGUGGCAAAACCCUUGUUGGCAAUCACAGAGGUCAGACGUUUCUUAUAGUUGGCCACCAGGUUUGCACACAUCUCAGGAGGGAUUUUGUCCCACUCCUCUUUGCAGAUCUUCUUCAAGUCAUUAAGGUUUCGAGGCUGACGUUUGGCAACUCGAACCUUCAGCUCCCUCCACAGAUUUUCUAUGGGAUUAAGGUCUGGAGACUGGCUAGGCCACUCCAGGACCUUAAUGAGCUUCUUCUUGAGCCACUCCUUUGUUGCCUUGGCCGUGUGUUUUGGGUCAUUGUCAUGCUGGAAUACCCAUCCACGACCCAUUUUCAAUGCCCUGGCUGAGGGAAGGAGGUUCUCACCCAAGAUUUGACGGUACAUGGCCCCGUCCAUCGUCCCUUUGAUGCAGUGAAGUUGUCCUGUCCCCUUAGCAGAAAAACACCCCCAAAGCAUAAUGUUUCCACCUCCAUGUUUGACGGUGGGGAUGGUGUUCUUGGGGUCAUAGGCAGCAUUCCUCCUCCUCCAAACACGGCGAGUUGAGUUGAUGCCAAAGAGCUCGAUUUUGGUCUCAUCUGACCACAACACUUUCACCAAGUUCUCCUCUGAAUCAUUCAGAUGUUCAUUGGCAAACUUCAGACGGGCCUGUAUAUGUACUUUCUUUAGCAGGGGGACCUUGCGGGCGCUGCAGGAUUUCAGUACUUCACGGCGUAGUGUGUUACCAAUUGUUUUCUUGGUGACUAUGGUCCCAGCUGCCUUGAGAUCAUUGACAAGAUCCUCCCGUGUAGUUCUGGGCUGAUUCCUCACCGUUGUCAUGAUCAUUGCAACUCCACGAGGUGAGAUCUUGCAUGGAGCCCCAGGCCAAGGGAGAUUGACAUUUCUUUUGUGUUUCUUCCAUUUGCGAAUAAUCGCACCAACUGUUGUCACCUUCUCACCAAGCUGCUUGGCGAUGGUCUUGUAGCCCAUUCCAGCCUUGUGUAAGUCUACAAUCUUGUCCCUGACAUCCUUGGAGAGCUCUUUGGUCUUGGCCAUGGUGGAGAGUUCGGAAUCUGAUUGAUUGAUUGCUUCUGUGGACAGGUGUCUUUUAUACAGGUAACAAGAUGAGAUUAGGAGCACUCCCUUUAAGAGUGUGCUCCUAAUCUCAGCUCGUUACCUGUAUAAAAGACACCUGGGAGCCAGAAAUCUUUCUGAUUGAGAGGGGGUCAAAUACUUAUUUCCCUCAUUAAAAUGCAAAUCAAUUUAUAACAUUUUUGACAUGCGUCUUUCUGGAUUUUGUUGUUGUUAUUCUGUCUCUCACUGUUCAAAUAAACCUACCAUUAAAAUUAUAGACUGAUCAUUUCUUUGUCAGUGGGCAAACGUACAAAAUCAGCAGGGGAUCAAAUACUUUUUUCCGUCACUGUAUACACACACACACACACACACACACACACACACACACACACACACACACACACACACACACACACACACACACACACACACACACACACACACACACACAUACAUACACACAUACACACACACAUACACACACACAGACAAACCACAUACUCUAGUCGGCUCAAACACCAUAGUCACAACACCUGUGGUCUGACCAUAGAGACACAACUAAUAGAUCUCACAUCACACUGUAAGUCAUGUCUGCUGGUAUCUAUGAUUCUCUACAAUGUCAUGACUCUAUACCUGUAUUUAACUUCAGUUAGUUUAUGUUCGCAUUGCGUCAGUUUUAUUGCAGUCUAUAAUGAUACAAUAACCAGUAAUAAUAACCAAAUGUGUUUUUCUUCUUGCAGUUUAUUAGAGAAGAUAUGAAGCAACAACAAACGAACAAACACAGUAACCUGCACAGAGAAGACCAACACAUCACAGUGGAGGAGCUGUGGAAGGGAUGGAAAACCUCAGAAGGUAGGAGAGAGAUGGAAGGUAGGAGAGAGAGAUGGAAGGUAGGAGAGAGAUGGAAGGUAGGAGAGAGAUGGAAGGUAGGAGAGAGAUGGAAGGUAGGAGGAGAGAGAUGGAAGGUAGGAUAGAGAGAUGGAAGGUAGGAGAGAGAUGGAAGGUAGGAGAGAGAUGGAAGGUAGGAGAGAGAUGGAAGGUAGGAUAGAGAGAUGGAAGGUAGGAGAGAGAUGGAAGGUAGGAUAGAGAGAGGGAAGGUAGGAGAGAGUGGAAGGUAGAGAGAGAUGGGAAGGUUAGGUAGAGAGGGGGGAAGGUAGGAGAGAGAGAUGGAAGGUAGGAGAGAGGAUGAAGGUAGAGAGAGAUGGAAGGUAGGAGAGAGAUGGGAAAGGUGGAGAGAGAGAUGGAAGGUUAGGAGAGAGAUGGAAGGUAGGAGAGAGAUGGAAGGUAGGAGGAGAGAUGGGAAGUAGGAGAGAGAGAUGGAAGGUAGGAGAGAGAUGGAAGGUAGGAGAGAGAGAUGGAAGGUAGGAGAGAGGAAGGUAGGGAGAGAGAGGAAGUAGGAGAGAGAUGGAAGGUAGGAUAGAGAGAGGGAAGGUAGGAGAGAGAUGGAAGGUAGGAUAGAGAGAGGGAAGGUAGGAGAGAGAGAUGGAAGGUAGGAGAGAGAGAAGGAAGGUAGGAGAGAGAGAUGGAAGGUAGGAGAGAGAUGGAAGGUAGGAGAGAGAUGGAAGGUAGGAGAGAGAUGGAAGGUAGGAAAGAGAUGGAAGGUAGGAGAGAGAUGGAAGGUAGGAUAGAGAUGGAAGGUAGGAGAGAGAGAUGGAAGGUAGGAGAGAGAGAUGGAAGGUAGGAGAGAGAUGGGAAGGUAGGAGAGAGAGAGGGAAGUUGAAGGUGGAGAGAGAGAUGGAGGUAGGAGAGAGAGAUGGAAGGUAGGAGAGAGAGCUGGAGGUAGGAGAGAGAUGGAAGGUUAGGGAGAGAUGGAGGUAGGAGGUGGAGAGAGAUGGAAGGUAGGAAAGAGAUGGAAGGUGAGGAGAGAGAUGGAAGGUAGGAUAGAGUGGAAGGUAGGAGAGAGAGAGAGCUGGAAGGUAGGAGGAGGAGAGAUGGAAGGUAGGAGAGAGAGAUGGAAGGAGGAGAGGAGAGAUGGAAGGUAGGAGGAGAGAGAUGGAAGGUCGGAGACGGAGAGUGGAAGGUAGGAGAGAGAUGGACGGUGGGAGAGGCUAGCGAGUGGACGAGAGAGGAGAUGGAAGGUAGAGGAGAGAGAUGGAAGUAGGACAGACGAGAGGAUGGAGGUAGGAGAGAAGGCAUGGAAGGUAGAGAGGGAGUGAAGGUAGGAGGCGAGGUGGAAGGGGAUAGAGUGGGCCGUAGGAUGAGAUGGAAGGUAGGAGAGAGAGCGAUGGAGUAGGAGAGAGAGAUGGAAGGUAGGAGAGAGAGAGAUGGAAGGUAGGAGAGAGAGAGAUGGAAGGUAGGAGAGAGAGAUGGAAGGUAGGAGAGAGAGAAAGGUAGGAGAGAGAGAGAUGGAAGGUAGGAGAGAGAGAGAUGGAAGGUAGGAGAGAGAGAGGGAAGGUAGGAGAGAGAGAUGGAAGGUAGGAGAGAGAGAUGGAAGGUAGGAGAGAGAGAUGGAAGGUAGGAGAGAGAUGGAAGAUAGGAGGAGGUAGAGAUGAAGUGGAACGUGGAGAGAGAGACUGGAAGGUAGGAGAGAGAGAUGGAAGGUAGGAGAGCGAGAUGGAAGGGGGGAGGAGAGGAGAGAGCGAAGGUAGGAGAGAGAGUAGGGAGAGUAGGAGAGAGAGAUGGAAGGUAGGAGAGAGAUGGGAAGGUAGGAGAGAGAUGGAAGGUAGGAGAGAGAUGGAAGGUAGGAGAGAGAGAUGGAAGGUAGGGAAAGAAGAGGAGUGAGGAGGAGAGAGGGAGUAGGAGGAGGAUAGAGAGGAAGGUAGGAGCGAGAGAGAGAUGGAAGGUAGGAGAGAGAGGGAGGUAGGAGGAGAGAGAUGGAAGGUAGGAGAGAGAGAGAUGGAGGUAGGAGAGAGAGAUGGAAGGUAGGCAGGAGAGAUGGAAGGUAGGAGAGAGAGAGAUGGAAGGUAGGUAGGAGAGAGAGAGAGAGAGAUGGAAGGUAGGAGAGAGAGAUGGAAGGUGGGAGAGAGAGAUGGAAGGUAGGAGAGGAGAGAGAUGGAAGGUAGGAUAGAGAGAUGGAAGGUAGGAGGAGAGAGAUGGAAGGUAGGAGAGAGAGAUGGAAGGUAGGAGAGAGGAGGAGAUGGAAGGGAGGGGGAGAGAGAGGAAGUAGGAGAUGAGGUAGGAGAGAGAUGGAAGGUAGGAGAGAGAGAUGGAAGGUAGGAGAGAAGAGAGAUGGAAGGUAUGAGGAGAGAGAGGGAAGGUGGAGGAGAGAGGGAAGGUAGGAUAGAGAUGGAAGGUAGGAGAGAGAUGGAAUGUAGGAUAGAGAGAUGGAAGGUAGGAGAGAGAGAGAUGGAAGGUAGGAGAGAGAGGAGAUGGAAGGUAGGAGAGAGAGAUGGAAGGUAGGAGAGAGAUGAAAAGGUAGGGAGAGAGAGAUGGAAGGGUAGGAGAGAGAGAUGGAGGUAGGAGAGAGAGAGGAAGGUAGGAGGAGAGAGAGGGAAGGUAGGAGAGAGAGAUGGAAGGUAGGAGAGAGAGAUGGAAGGUAGGAGAGAGAUGGAAGAUAGGAGAUAGAUGGAAAGUAGGAGAGAGAGAUGGAAGGUAGGAGAGAGAGAUGGAAGGUAGGAGCGAGAUGGAAGGUGGAGAGAGAGAUGGAAGGUAGGAGAGAGAGAUGGAAGGUUAGGAGAGAGAGAUGGAAGGUAGGAGAGAGAGAUGGAAGGUGAGGAGAGAGAUGGAAGGUAGGAGAGAGAGAUGGAAGGUAGGAGAGAGAGAUGGAAGGUAGGAGAGGAGAGAGGGAAGGUAGGAGGAGAGAGGAGGAAGUAGGAAGAGAUGAGAGGGAAGUAGGGAGAGAGAGAUGGAAGGUAGGAGAGAGAGAGAGCAUGGAAGGUAGGGAGAGAGAGAUGGAAGGUAGGAGAGAGAGAGAUGGAAGGUAGGAGGAGUGAGAGAGAUGGAAGGUAGGAGAGAGAGAGAUGGAAGGUAGGAGAGAGAGAUGGAGUAGAGAGAGAUGGAAGGUAGGAGAGAGAGAGAUGGAAGGUAGGAGAGAGAGAGAGAGUGAAGGUAGGAGAGAGAGGAGUGGAGGUAGGAGAGAGAGGAUGGAAGGUAGGAGAGAGGAGAUGGAAGGUAGGAGAGAGAGAGAUGGAAGGUAGGAGAGAGAUAGAAGGUAGGAGAGAGAGAGAUGGAAGGUAGGAGAGAGAGAGAUGGAAGGUAGGAGAGAGAGAGAUGGAAGGUAGGAGAGAGAGAGAUGGAAGGUAGGAGAGAGAGAGAUGGAAGGUAGGAGAGAGAGAUGGAAGGUAGGAGAGAGAGAUGGAAGGUAGGAGAGAGAGAGGGAAGGUAGGAGAGAGAGAAGGAAGGUAGGAGAGAGAGAGAUGGAAGGUAGGAGAGAGAGAGAUGGAAGGUAGGAGAGAGAGAGAUGGAAGGGAGAGGGAUGGAUGGAGGGAGGGUUAAAAAUAGGGAGGAAGGGAGAGAAGGUAAAUGGAAGCAAAUGUCAAUUUCAAAUGUCUCUCUGUCUGUAGUUCAUAACUGGACGACGGAGGACACAGUCCAGUGGCUGAAGGAGUCGGUGGAGCUGCCUCAGUACGAGAGGAGCUUCAGAGACUUCCGGAUCAAUGGAAACACUCUGCCUCGGUGACUACAUUAUCACACACCACCUCAGAAGACUAUCACAGAUACCAACAACAUCCAUAACACCACUGAACUGAAUCAUGCCUUCCAUGAUGCAUGCAUAGUGCUGAUUUUGUGUGAUGCUGAUGGUGAAGAUAUAGCUUGCAGUGCUUUAUCAUGAUGUAGAUGAAUGCUAAACGGUUUCAGGUCUAGUUUGAAAAGUUGAACAGCACAUCAUACACACAGCUUUAAUUACUCAGACCAAUGCUGCCUACUGCUGGAUAUGUGAGGUAGUGCAGGUGGAAUGGGAUGAAAAGAUCAAACAUGACACAUAUGCCCACUUCAACUAACAAAACAUCUCCCCACCCAUAUAGUCACGUUAGUGCAGUUUAGACAUCCCAGUUUAUAUCAUGAACCCGAAAUCACCAGGCGAUUAUGCUAUAUCAAGGUGAAACGUAAAUUAAAUUGACUUGAACUUGUUUAGAUGGAAUCAUUAACGCUGUCUUUAAUGACAUGAAGGGGAGACUUAGAGCAGUUAUAUUAGAAUCUCUUUAGGAAUGAGACUCACUGAGACUCCAUGUACUCAUGUGUGGAAUGAGUACAUGGAUAGAGGGGGGAUAGAGGGGGAUAGAGGGGGGUUGAAGGGGGUCAGGGGGUCAGGGGUGUUGUGUUACCCCCCCCCCCCCCACCCCCGUACCCAUGGGCGCUGAGUCAUGAAAUGAUGUCACAGCAGUGGAUUGGGUGUCGCUGGCUGCCAUGUUGUCUGAUCCAGUUUAAGAUGGUGGUGGUGGCACGAGUACACCGGCAUGUUCAGACACACACACAGGCAGGCGUUCAUGCACACACACACACUGACACACACACAGGCCUACACCGGGUUUGGCCGGUGUAGGCCGUCAUUGUAAAUAAGAAUUUGUUCUUAACUGACUUGCCUAGUUAAAUAAAAGGUUAAAUAAAAAAUAAAAAAAAUACACACACUGAUGCCAACGCCUAUUUAAUACAUGAUAUAAGAUACAGACUUAGUCAUGUAUCACAUGCUGUAGUUGGUUGAUAAAAGUUAUAUCAUUGUUAGCAGUGAAGAAUCUAAUUCUCAACACAUUUCGUUUUCUCUCUCUGUUUCAGAUUAGCGGCGAACGAACCGUCGUUUAUGUCGGGUCAGCUAAAGAUAUUAGACCAGCGGCACAAACAGAAACUAAAUCUAAAAGCUCUAGAUGCUGUGCUCUUCGGCCCUCCCUUACGUAAGUACAAUAUACACAGGUAUAUAUGAGAGAGUGUUUGAUGCCACUACGGGGGUGUCUGGGUAAAACCAUGAUUACUUAUCAUAUGUCUUCUUCCAUCAAGGAAAUGAUCAACAAGUAGUAAUAUUACUCUGAUCUGCAGACUACAGUACCAUACCCCCCUACCAUACCCCUAUCUCUAGAUUCACCAGGAGCUUUUUGCCAAACCUUACAUCCAAAGAUACCAUACGUACUAUAGGACAGUUUUCCUGUAAGGUCAAGAAGUCCAUACAUUUGUAUUUAUUUUUACGUAUGGGUGGUCCCCGGGAAUCGAACCAACUAUCCUGACAUUGCAAGGGCCAUGCUCUACCAACUGAGCUGGACCACCAAUAUACAAUGCUACAUUCCAUCCCUGUCUCCCCCAGGUCCGCAACACAACUGGUUGAAGGACUUUGUGUUGAUGGUAUCUAUAGUGAUCGGGGUGGGGGGCUGCUGGUUCGCAUACAUCCAGAACAAGUCUUCCAGGGUGCACAUGGGACAGAUGAUGAAGGACUUGGAGAGCCUGCAGAGUGCUGAGCAGAGCCUCAUGGACCUACAGGGACGGUAUGUAACCUGGUAGUUUAUUCAAGUUUUAUAAAUAGUGUAUAUAUAUAUAUAUAUAUGUAUGUAUAUAUGUAUGUGUAUAUGUAUAUAUAAUAUAUAUGUGUAUAUAUAUAUGUGUAUAUGUAUAUAUAUAUAUAUAUGUGUAUAUAUGUAUAUAUGUGUAUAUAUAUAUAUAUAUAUAUAUAUAUAUAUAUAUAUAUAUAUAUAUAUAUAUAGGUAUGUAGGUAUGUGUUACAGGUAUUGUAGUGACUUUACUAGAACACCUAGCCACCUUGUUAAGAGGUUCAGAUCUCGUGGUGUAACAUCUUAGGUGUUGACCCCAGGGUUUGGGUAAUAUUACAUGAAGGUGGUUGUUUUGAUGGUGAAGAUAAACCUUCGUCAGGUUUUCGUGGCUCUCACCUCUUCUCUCCCCAGGUUGGAGAAGGCCCAGGAGGAGAACCGCACGGUGGCGGUGGAGAAGCAGAACCUGGAGCAGAAGAUGAGGGAUGAGAUCAGCGGGGCCAAGAAGGAGUCGUACCGGCUCCGCGAGCUCCGCCAGGGGGCUGAGUGUGAGCUCAGCCGCCUCAAAUACGCAGAGGAGGAGCUGGUGCAGGUAGGAACCAUGUUGAGUGUCAUCAUUUAG